AUGACACAACCAAUCGAGAUAUUCCAAAAAAGUGUUUUUCACUUUGAUGAGAUAGUUAAGAAGAUAGAAAGUGUAGUAGACACAACUAAACUGUAUGGCGACUAUUUCUCUCAACGGGGUAAUUUGGAAAUGGACUACUGUAGAAAAAUGAUAGGACUAACUGACGCGCUUAAUGCACGUUCGACAUUAGGUUUGCUUAAACAAACACAUCCAAAGGACAAUGUUUUACAAACAUUCAAAACCUUUUGGGAGGACUUUGAUGGGAAGACGAUAGAAUUAUAUAAUGCGCGAGGGAAGACGGGACGACAGUUUUGCGAGAGUGUAUCUGUAGCGUUGUUACAACUGAGUAAAGAAGUAGAUGCGCAGAAGAAACAGAUAUAUACGGAGACGAUGCGAAAGGUGAAAAUAUAUGAAGACCUCACGACGUUUGCGACGCGGAGUGAGGCGUAUUACUUGACACAACUUCGUGAUACGAAAGCGAUGUGUAUACAAAUUAACACGAAUAAAGACACGAAAAUGGUAUCGAGAUAUCAGAAGGUCUUAACUUCAUACAAUCAGAGUGAAAAGGAGUACCAAAAUGCGUUAACGAAAGUGAACACGUGUUAUGACAUGUUGUAUGAGAAAGAGAUGGUCACCUCCAUUAAACAGUGUUAUGAACUGCUGCAAUAUCACUUCUUAAAUUUCAAUAAAAUCAUCGAAAGUGUUACAAAGCAAUUUGCAGAGACGAAGAACUCGGAGAAUUUGUUUUUCACGCAGUUCUGCGAGAGUUUGAAGAACACGUCGGACGAGAAGGAAAACGCCGAAAUUAACGAGUUCUUUCAAUCACUGGAAACCGGCGAAAAGAGCGGCAAUGGAAGUAAUAAACUCCCAACGAAAAUGAUAUCAAAGGUUGAGGAAUUGCCGGUACUGAAUGUUGAAGUAUCGACACAAAAGGAAAAGAACAGUUGGGGGUUCUCGACAAUAGCGUCGGGGUUUGCGUCGAUCACAUCUUCAUUGAAUUCAGUGGUGGAAAAUAAUUUGACAACUACGACAUCGGCGUGGACAAACCCGACGGCUUCUGCGUCUUUCUUUUCAUUUGGAAAUAAGAAGAAAGGAGGUGUGUCAAAUAACGAAGAGAAGAAAAGCACUGAAAAGAGCGAAGAAGUGAUUGGCGAGUGUCAUACGGAUACUCAUGAGGAUAAAGAAAUUGAUGAGAAAGUCAUCGAACAAGUCGUCGUGCCGGAAAAAAUCGAAGUCAUCAAGGAACACCCAAUCGAAGAGAAAAAGCUGAAAGUAGAAAAAGAAGUCGUUGCGACAAUGGAAAAUACAAAGAUGCCAAGUCAAGUCGAACAAACAGAUACAAAUGUCGAGGUACAACAACAACAAUGUGUCACAUCAGAACAACUCGUAUCAGGUGAUACUGAAGUGAAUGCCAAUGUAACUCUGGAAAAUAACACUCAAUCGAAAAAAGAAGAAAAAGAAGAGGAAAAUUUGGUUGUGAUACCAGCUAAAGAUAUAGAUAUAGAUGAAGAGGAGGAGGACGACGAUGAUAUAGAUGGGUUGACAGAUACUUUUAUUUGA